AUGACUCGUCCCAUUCGCGUCUUGUGUCUACAUGGGUGGCGAACAAGUGGCAAUAUUCUGUAUCAUCAAACUACUGCCUUACGUCAAGCAUUUGGAUCGAAGGCUGAAUUCUUGUAUGUAAAUGCACCAUGGACAGCUUCAGGUCCAGCUCCAGAUCUCGUGCGCUCUUUCUAUGGUGAAAUAGGCCCAUUCUAUCAGUGGUGGGAGAAGCAUAAGGACAGCGAGACGUUUCAAUACAAAGGCUUUGAGGUCUCUUUAGACUUUUUGACGGGUCAUAUUCAGACUUUAGGCACUGUCGAUGUGGUCUUAGGGUUUUCUCAAGGGGCUGCUGUUGCGACGUUAUUGACAGCGCAUUACCGCUUGAAUUAUGGUCUCGGCUAUCUCUCCCCACUAAGCCCUUGA